AUGGAAUUAAAUUGGGUUGCAUUUACUUUAUGCAUAAGUCUGAUCCUGAUCAAAGGCGAAUCCUCUUUCGUAACUACAGCUACGAAAAAUGAAAUCUGCAAAGCAUCAAGGAUAGAGGAGGAACAAUGCGGAUCAUAUGCCUAUAAGGCCAUCAAACCACUGCUCAUCUACAUGGAAUUGAUGAGGACAGAAGUGGAAAACCAUGAUAAUAUAACAUCCAUUAAGAAUAGCGAAAUUGAAAAGCAACAAUUGAAGAUAUCCCAACUUGAAUUAGAAUUGAGAGAGCAGAUUAAUAAGGGAAUGAUCAGCAGUAAGGACAAUGAAUUAAAGCAGUUACAGCAAAAAUUAGACCAGAAGAAUGAAUGUGAAACUAGAAUUGAGAAAUUGAAAAACUAUAACAAUAGAACAGCAGGGCAGGACCCUGAAAUCAAGGAGUUGCUGAAGAAACUAGUUGAUCAAAAUGAAAAUGUCGAUGCAAUCAAAUCGAAGGAGUUUCAGAAACAGUUGGAGGAACAUAAGAAAUCCAUUGAGGAAAAGAAUCAACAAAUAUCCAAAUUACAAAACGAUGUAAAACAAUGUGUAAUGAAAUUGGAGGACCCAAAGCAGAAACCCAUUAUUAGUUGCACAUCUUUUGGAGAUGUUCCGGGGGCUCAUCAAACCAAUUUCUCUAAUUAUUCCUUUGAUGUCUUAUGCGACACGGAGACAGCAGGUCCUGGAUGGACAGUUAUCCAGCAGCGAAUCGAUGGUAAGGAAGAUUUCAACAGGUCUUGGACAACAUACCGCAAAGGCUUUGGUUCCUUUGAUGGCGACUUCUUCUUGGGCUUGGAGAAGAUCCAUCGCUUAACGAGCUACAAACCCCAUGAACUCUAUAUACAUCUGGAACAUUUUAAUGGCGAUACAGAAUAUGCGAGAUAUCAACAAUUUGCCAUUGCUGGCGAAAGCGAUGAAUACCAACUGAGCAUAAGUGGACUCGGUGGCAAUGUCACAGAUAUGAUGUCACAAUUUAACAAUCAGAAAUUUUCAACAUAUGAUCGUGAUAAUAAUGGCAGGAAUGAUGUCAAUUGUGCAUUAGAAAACCUUGGUGGAUGGUGGUACCCUGCCUUUUGUGGAUGGGGAAGCUUAAAUUCAAAGUACUAUGACAGUCAUGAUGACGGGCAAUAUGAUGGUAUACCUGGGCUUAACCCAGUCAAAAAUGUUAGAAUGCUUAUUCGCCCAACAUAAAUAUAAAAAUGAUGCAAAUGUAAUAUGAAUUGUACUUUGGAAUUGUAAAUGUAAUUAAAAAUUAACCCUCAAAUAAUUAAAUUGGCACUGUA